AUGACAUCUUUAAUAUCGUCACUUUUUUCACGUGAUCCCAAGAGUGUAUUUCCAUAUGAACUGCCUAGCAGUAGUUUCUAUACGUUUGAUGGUAUAUCAGUUGGAAAAAGUUUCAAAAAGGCCGAACCUUCAGAAUACGUCACCUGUUUCUGGGCAUCAUUAUCGGAAUAUGGUCCAGGAUCAAUGUUAAAAUCUCAAGCACGUAAGCUAAAGACCCUUCGGCACCCUAACGUUUUGGUUUAUUUGGAUAGCAUUGAGAUUAAUGGUAUGUUUUAUUUGAUAACCGAAACUUGUGUACCUUUGAAAAUUUACGUUACGCAAAAUCAUUUCUCUGGUACGCAGAAAGAUUUAGUCAUAUCUUGGGGUCUCUUUCAAUUGAUGAAUUGCUUAAAAUUCUUACACCAAGAAGCUAAAUUAAGUCAUGAAGAUAUUCGACAUUCUGUAUAUGUCACUAAAAGUGGAGACUGGAAACUUGGUGGUUUUGAGAAGUCAGUUAGUUUUAGCAAUCCUCGUGUUGAUCUAAAUUCGCUAGCCUUACUAACCUGGGAAAUUUUCAAUGGUUUCGAUGAGUCAAAGACAAAACCAGAAGGACCGAAAAAAGUUCCUGAGCGAUUGCAAGAGCAUUAUAAAAAAAUGGCGACAUCUCAAGCAGCAAAACAGGAUUCUGGAGAUUUAUUGAGAGAAUUACGUCGUGCGGGUGGCUUUUUUAAAAACCGAUACGUUGACACGCUCCUGUUUCUGGAUGAAUUCCAAUUAAAAGAGCCUCACGAAAAACAAGUUUUUUUCUCAGAGCUGAAGAAUGAAUUGGAUAUUUUUCCAGAUGACGUUGCCAAAUACAGAAUCCUUCCGAAAUUGAUUCAUAGUUAUGAAUAUGGUGAUGCUGGAUCACACGUUUUGACGCCACUGUUUCAUUUGGGACGUUUGUUGGAUGAAAAUGAAUAUCAACAGCGUAUUGUGCCUUGUCUUUGUAAAUUGUUUAGUUCACCAGAUCGUGUGACACGUGUAAAAUUAUUGGAAAAAAUCGACGAAUUCAUCUCUCAUCUAACAUUUCAGAUUGUGAACGAAAAAAUAUAUGGGAAUAUUGUAUCUGGUUUUAUGGAUACUAGUCCUGCUGUUCGUGAAAGUACAGUAAAAGCCGUGGUUUCAUUGGCUGAAAAACUGAGUAGCCAGAACUUAAAUAUUGAUUUGAUGCGUCAUUUGGCAAGGUUGCAAGGCUCAGAUGAUCAACCCGGCAUCCGAACAAAUGCAACAAUCUGCCUUGGUAAAAUUGGUUGUUACAUUGAUCCUAAUCAGCGUCAACGCAUUUUAAUCAGCGCAUUUACUCGCGCGCUUAAAGAUCCAUUUCCUCCUGCAAGAAUGGCAGCUAUAUUAGCUCUUAGUGCUACCCAACAGUAUUACUCAUUAGUAGAAGUUGCGAAUCGGAUAUUACCAGCUUUGUCACCAAUCACCUGCGAUCCAGAAAAGCAGGUAAGGGAUCAGAGCUUCAAAGCACUGCAUGGUUUCAUUGAAAAGUUGGAAAAGGCGAGCGAAAAUCCUGAACUAAUACCAGAACUUGAAGCACAAGUAAAAGCAGGAGGAAAAAAUGGUUUGCUUGGCAGUGACAAGGUACCACAAUGGGCAAAUUGGGCAAUAAAAGCACUUUCGAGUAAAUUCUACAAGAGUUCGGCACAGAAUCCACUCAGUCCAACUAACAAAGAGGAUGCAUGCCGUCAAAAAUCGGUAGAUAGUACAAGCAAAUCAUCAGCAUUAAAAUUGCAUGAAGUCUCUCCAGAGACAUUUUUAAAUGAUGAUUGUGGUGAACUAGAAGAUAAUUCCUCUGUUGAAGAUAAAUGGGAAGAUGCCGAUGAUACCAUUGCAGCACAUUCAGAAAAGACUACUGAUGGAUGGGAUGACAAUUGGGAAGGGAUAACGGAAAAGAAAGAUCCAUUCACGACUCUAUCAAGUUCACUGAAGAAAUCGUCUAUAAAAACAGGAUUGAAUUUGCAAAGUACAGCUAAAAAACUUGGAGCUGAGGAUGAUUUGGAUUAUUUGUUGGAUAUAAAGUCGGAACCAAGUGCAUUUGAUCAGAUUUAUAAGAGUGGGGCUAAAAGUAAGAACUCACUGCUUUCGAAAAAUACUGGCAACGCGCUUACAGAUGGUUGGAAUGAUAGUUCAUUUAUAGAUGGCUGGGAGGAUGAUAUCAGUUCAGGUAGGAGUAUUGUCUCUUCUUUUUGCAAGAAUUUUAUAGCAAGGAUGUAAAA